UCCUCUUUUCUCAAAUUUUCUAGAACUUUCACUCCACGCCCAUAUAUAAAUCUCCGCACUCUCAGUGUCGCUAACUGAAAUCAAGUCUUUUUCAGAAAAUUAUCUACGAUUCUUCAAUUGCCGACAAAAUAUACUUGAAGAAAGUUUUGUGAAGGCGCGACAGAGAAGCUGGAAGAGGAAAUCACCGCCACCGCUACCAGUGCAGUGUUUGCAGAGCCAAUGGAGGGGUUGCAUGAUGUGGGCCCACCUCCAUUUCUGAUCAAGAUUUUUGAGAUGGUGGAAGAUUCUUCUACAGAUGCAGUGAUUUCAUGGAGCAGAAGCAGGAACAGUUUUAUUGUGUGGGAUUCUCUAAAUUUCUCCACCGUUCUCCUCCCUAAGUACUUCAAGCACAGCAAUUUCUCUAGCUUUAUUCGCCAGCUCAACACAUAUGGUUUUAAAAAGGUGGAUCCCGAUAGAUGGGAAUUUGCAAAUGAGGGAUUUUUGGGAGGACAGAAGCAUCUCUUGAAGACAAUCAAGAGGAGACGAAACAUAAUGCAAAGCUCAACCUCUCAAGGAGAAAGUUCAUGUGUUGAGUUGGGACAUAUCGGUGCGGAAGAAGAAGUUGAAAGACUGAAAUGUGAUAGAGAUGGGUUGAUGAUGGAAAUUGAGAAACUGAAGCAACAACAGCAUAACUCAAGGGAGAAGAUCAUGGAAAUGGACCAAAGGAUUUGCAGCACAGAAACGAAGCAACAACAAAUGAUGAGUUUCAUUGCUAAAGCAUUUAAGAAUCCGAUGUUUGUCCAGCAUUAUAUGGAUAAAUACGCACUGAAGCAAGAGCGCUUAGAAAUUGGGCAAAAGAGGAGACUCACUGCGAGUCCAAAUGUUGAGAAUUUGCAGGAUGCUGUAUCUGUCGACAUGGGUAUUGAUCAGCCUUUGAAUUAUACUAGUCAAGAUCAAGAGGAGCUUGUGAACAUUCAAUUAGAGAUUGAGACGUUGUUUUCCGGUCCACUUGGCAACGAUGUUACGAAGGAAAGUACAUCAGAGAAUGACCCCUUUACUAGUGGUUCUGGUUUGAAUUCUGCUACAGAGAGUCUGUUGGAGGAAAUGCUCAGGGAAGAUCUCAUUUUUGGCUAUGAAACCGAAGAAAUCUUGGCAGACAAUGAACCAUUAGUUUGAGAAGAUAUGAUAGCAAAAACACCAGAUUGUGCACAGGAUGUUGGGAACUGCUGAACUGGUAACAGUGGGCUAAUAGAUUAUGGGCAGCGAGUUUGUAUGACUCCGUGCUUGCAGUUUUCUAGUGCCUGGAUGUGGAUGCAGGUAAUAUGGUUAGUACAUUUUCUUCUAUUUCUAUGCUGCUGAUAUGUGGCUGUUACUGGAGAUUGAACUUAGUGCUAGGUUUCCACAGUCAGUCUGGCCCGAAUGCUGAAACUGAAUGUACUUUUGUUAGCCAUUCUGGUUGUAUCGACUUGCGUCUAUCUGUCUCUGAUCCUUUAAAGCAUAGAAUGAAUCGAGUGGGGAUUGUCAGGUUUCAGCUGGUUUUUGUGCUCUUAGGUUCGAAUAGACUAAACAAAAGGCUUUGUUGUUGAGAAAGUAAGAGAAGGUUAUCUGGUAGCCAUUGCCUACUUUCUGUUCUCUCACAUGUGGUGAUGUGUUAGAUUGUGCAUAGGUGCCAACGAUGUGGCAGUCAGUGUCUUGUGGCAUAUGCUGUUGAGUUUCCUCCUCAUUAGUGGACCUAGACAAAUCAGGUGUGAGGCAACAUUGAAACAAGGAUGCACUGAAACUUCUAAAAUGUCGAGACUUUUUUUUUUUUUUUUUGGAAUUGAAAAACUAAAAAUUGUUUCAAGAAUGCCUAGAGAACUCUCAAAAACUUUCGAAAUCAGGUGAUGUACUAGGUCUUUUCCUGUGUUUUUCUUUUCUCAUCAUGCGUAACUAAUCUGAUCUUUGGGACGAACAA